AUGGCGGAGCUCACGCCGCCCGCGUGGAUGCAGGCCAUGUCGGAGACGAAGAGGGGAGCGGACGUGGGCCCAGGCUCGGAGGAAACGCCGUCGAAGCACGCCAAGGGCGGGGCCAAGGGCGACAAGAACGAGAAGGAUCUCACCAAGACGUGGGAGCUCCUCGAGUCAGGCGACGGGGUCACUCAGCUCAUGAUCGACUCAGGGCUCAAGUACGACGAGAUGUCCAGGCAGAUGAAAGAACGUCAACGGGCAGGCGAAAAGGUAGACUUUCGCGCUCGUGGGCCCCCGCACGUGCAGCUGUGGGCCGCGGUCUGCCUCAACCUCGUCACCAACGUGAAGAAGUUCACCCAGGGUGGCAAAGAGGAGUACGUCGAGGCGGAGACCAAGAAGUUCAACGGGUACUUCACGAAGUACAUCCAGAGUGCCGCCCCACAUACCGUGGGCAAUCACGUGCUGCACUUUCGGUAUCGGAAGCACAAGGGGAGGAAAACCGAGACGAGUGGCUCCUCGAGCCAGCAGCAGACGAAGGAAGGACGGAUGACCUUCGCCUUCAGCUACAACGAGCCUGGCAUGAUGGCGAGGGAGCUGGUCCUCUGGUGGCUCAACUACGAGGAGGACCAGAAGAGGGCGGAGCAGUUGAUCGGCCCAGCCCCGAAAGGACCUCUCGAGCGAGAAGCUGCGAGGAUCCUGAAUAUUAUCGAGAAGAAAUGA